AUGGCCAUCCACCCUGCUGUUCCACACGACCGCGCCCCGUCGAGCAAUCUGACUGGCCUCGACAUUUCAGCCUGGACCGAGCAGGCUGCUGCCUCGAUACAGUCGCUGGAUCUCUCCGAUUCCACUGUCCAGGUCCAAGCACUGCAUGCCGCGUCCAGCGCCGUCAGGGGCACGUCUACCGCGCUCUCGAUUCCCCUGGAUGACCCCGUCGCCAUCAAGCCCGAGGCAACGCCGCGUGUGAAAAUCGUAGACCCAUCAUCACGGGGACUCGAUACGGCCAGCUACCGGCGUCGCGAGCCGGUUCGGCGAGAUAGCCUGAAGAGGCGCGAGAGUCUGUUGAAGGGGAAAGAGGGCAGCCGGCGUCGACAGCGUUGGGAGAAUGACCGCCUUCUGACAAACCCCUGGGCUCAACCGCCAGCGCCGAGUGACUGGACCGUUCAGCCGACACAUCCGCGACACGAUCCUCUGCCAUACUAUCUGGCUCCGCUCUGGGACACGCAUUUCGCGCACAAGGAAGAGGCCAAGUCGUCCGCCCAGGCGAGACGCGGCAAAGACGGAGAGGACGAGAAGAACCGAGUGUCGCGAGAAGUCCGUCAGGGCCUCAAGCACGCACGCGCCGCACGCGGCAUGCUGCACGAUCUCGAAGAGGAAAUCCGGCAGUUUCUCGAAAGGUGGAACGAGCGACAACUACUGAUUCGCGAGGGCCGACUAGACAGCAGUUCUGCCAUUGAUUCGGACUUUGACAAUGACGAUUCGGAUGAGGAAAUUGUGUUUGUGGGCCGCAACGGGCAAAUGUAUGACUCCCCGCCUGGACGCAAAACACAAGCCGCCUCCAGCUUGGACGCAGACGAAGCACGGGGAGAAAAGAUGGUCUUUGAAAGCCUAGCCCAUGACCGAGGCGCUGUUUUUGGACGCUGGCUGGUUCAUUCCAUUGCUACCUACUAUGGGCUGUACACCUGGUCGGUCACAGUGGGCAACCCUGGGCGCCGACAAGCCUAUGUCGGACUGCACAUGCACGACCAGCGAGCAGAAAUCUCGUUCCCAUCAGGGCAGACUGUGGCUUGCGGGGCGUCGCUGAGGAUCACACCAGGAGAGCCGCUGCCAAAGCCGCUGUGGGCGCAGGUAUAG